CCCGCGCCACAAGCUUCGCCGCCUCCGCCUCCGCCUCGCAGCCCACGCCGUGGGUGGCCGCACCGUUAUGCCAUGAUGGCCGUCACCAUCGUAUCCUCCUCCGCCGCGCCGCCACCGCGCGCGCGCGGCACCCGGAGGCCAGCGACCAGCCACGCGCCUCGCGUCCUCCGCGGCGGGGGCCGCGGCCUCGCCCUCGCAGGCGCGCUCGGCCUCCUCGCGAAUGGCGCCGCGCUCGCCGCGCCGCUUUCCUACGAGGAGACGCUGCGGCUGUCGACGGACUCCGGCGGCGGCGGUGGAGGGGGCGAGUUCGCGCUCCCGGACCUCGGCCUCGGCGGGUUGGUCGACUUCGUGACGCAGAACCCGCUCGUGGCCGCGGCGGGGGUCGCCGCGGUGGCGCUGCCGCUGGUCCUCGCUCAGGUGCUGGGCGGCGCCUCCAAGCCGUACGGCGUCGUGUCGGCGGCCGCCGCGUACCGGACGCUGCUCGAGGAGCCCGGCGCGCAGCUCGUCGACAUCAGGCCGCCCGGCGACGCCCGGGAGACCGGCUCGCCGAACCUCCGGGAGGCGAAGAAGAAGGCGGUGGCCGUGCCGUACGACGGGGAGGACAAGAACGGCUUCCUCAAGAAGCUCUCGCUGAGGUUCAAGGACCCCGAGAACACCACAUUGGUCAUCCUUGACAAGUUUGAUGGGAAUUCCGAGCUUGUUGCUGAGCUUGUCACAGCCAAUGGUUACAAAGCUGCUUUUGCGGUGAAGGAUGGUGCAGAGGGACGUCGAGGAUGGCUGAGCACUGAUCUUCCCUGGGCAACUCCUACGAAGGGAUUCAGCCUAAGUGAUCUAGUUGGGGAUGGCGCAGAUGGUUUGCCUGUCACCCUUGGGCUAGCUGCAGCUACUGGUUUGGGAAUACUCGCCUAUACAGAGAUAGAGACUGUGCUGCAGUUUUUGGGUUCAGCUGCCAUUGUCCAGCUAGUGGCAAGCAAACUCAUAUAUGCUGAGGACCGAAAGAAAACCCUUAAACAGAUCGAUGAGUUCUUUAACAAAAAGGUUGCUCCAAAGGAGCUUGUUGAUGAAAUAAAGGAAAUCGGUCAAGCUCUGCUGCCUUCUAGUAAUACCAAGAGCCAACCAGCGACAGCAGUCGCUGCUCCAGCUGCUGCCACAGCUACUGCUGCACCACCGGCAGCACCAGCAGAAGCUGCUCCAGCUGCUGCCUCAGCUACUGCUGCACCACCGGCAGCACCGGCAGAUGAAGCCAGCACAGAGGCAGCUCCUGCAGCACCAACAUCUCUUUCACCAUAUCCAAAUUAUCCGGAUCUCAAACCACCAUCCUCCCCUUCGCCGCUUGCACCAGCUGGGGCAGCUAAAAUUGAAUCACAGGCUGAGAGCACAGCAACCGAAUCUCCAGCAGCAGUCAACUCAACACCAGUAUCAGAAGCGCCUCCUGCAGCUCCUAGACCUCUUUCGCCUUAUCCGAAUUAUCCAGACCUCAAACCGCCAUCAUCGCCUUCACCAUCAGCGCCAUAGGAAUGAUGAGUGGCUGAGGACGAGUUCACGGUUGAUCUCGACGGCAUCUGUACAAGAUAUCACCAAGCCUAGAGGAAAUGGAAUCGAGUUGUUCAUAUGAUACCAGCAUCUCAAGGAAGAGUGUUUGUUGUGUAUCACAAAUGUAGUAGUCCUUAGCACAUUGGGGGCAAGUUUUCUAAGUACGUCUGUGGGGGUAUGGUGUAUCCAGUGAUGUGUUCUAAUUUUCACUUUGUUUUCAUCUUUUUGCACCUGUAAAUGUGGAAUCGCUAGCACUAAAUAGUUCCAUGCCCUGUGCUAUUCUUGACAUGCUUUGCGUGUAAAUCACUUUCACAUGGAUGAAAGAACAUGAGUUGGAAA